CACGGGUGCUAAAGAGCUUCCAUGGUCGCGUUGCAGCAUGCAGUGUGCAGGCGAGCCCCUCUCAUCAGUGGCUUCAAAGCGACGCGCCUCUCCUGUCGUUCUCUUCAAACCAUGAUGAUUCGCAAUACCGGCCCUGAGGCAGCCAAUAGGUUUCUCAGCUUUGUUAAUGCAUCUCCAACACCCUUUCAUGCAGUUCAACAGGCCACUGUCCGUUUAGAGAAAGCUGGCUUUCUCAGAGUCAAGGAAUCAGACGACUGGGAGAAAGACCUGAAGGAUGGCGGAAGGUAUUAUUUCACGCGCAAUCAGAGUGCUUUACUUGCUUUCACCAUCCCUCAAAAAUGGAAGCAAGGCGCUGGGCUCUCAAUAGUAGCGACACACAUUGACAGUCCAAAUCUAAGGGUGCGACCGGUUUCAAAGAAAUCAAAAGUCGGCUAUUUGCAAGUUGGUGUGGAAACUUAUGGAGGUGGCAUUUGGCAUUCAUGGCUCGAUCGCGACUUGUCACUGGCAGGGAGAGUGGUACUUGCGGACAAGAAUGGUGGGUUCAGUGCCAAGCUGGUCAAGAUCGAGAAACCAAUUCUUAGAAUCCCAACCCUUGCUAUUCACUUGGACAGGAAUGUCAAUGCGGAGUUCCGCUUCAACCAGGAAACCGAGUUUGUUCCUAUCGUUGGGUUGAUUCAGUCAGAACUCAAUGCAACGCCGGAGAAAGAGGAGAAGGAAAAGUCUGAAGAAAAGAAGGCCUCAAGCAUUCAGGACAACCAUCAUCCUGCUAUUCUGUCGCUCUUGGCUUCAGAACUCUCUGUGGCACCAGAAGAAAUCCAUGAUUUUGAACUUCAUCUCUACGAUACCCAGUUAUCCACUUUGGGUGGAUUGAACGAUGAGUUCAUUUUCAGUCCUCGUAUGGACAACCAGCUUUCCUCCUUUGCUGCUGUAGAAGCAAUCGCCAGUCUGGGGACGUCUCAACUAUUCCCCACACUCGAGGGGAAUGUGAACGUGAUCGCAUUGUUCAACCACGAAGAGAUUGGAUCCGUCUCAACCACCGGAGCAGAAUCCUCUCUCAUUCCCACCCUUCUCCAUCGACUCUCACCCACACCCGCAACUCUCGCACAGUCUAUCUCUCGUUCAUUCCUCGUUAGUUCUGACAUGGGUCAUGCCAUCCACCCGAACUAUCCGGGCAAGCACGAGGAGAAUCAUGCUCCUAAGAUGAAUGAAGGUAUCAUCAUCAAGACCAACGCUAAGCAGCGAUAUGCUAGCGAUUCCAUCGGUAGUUUCAUCGUGAAAAAGCUAGUCGAGAGGAAAGGUGGUAAGGUACAAGAAUACGAAGUGCGAAAUGAUAUGGCUUGUGGAUCGACGGUCGGACCGUUCCUCUCAAAGACUGGUAUCCGAACAGUCGACGUCGGCUGCGCGAUGCUUUCGAUGCAUUCAAUCCGAGAAACAGCAGGGUCACACGAUGUUCAGAAUGCCAUCGACUUGUUCUCUUCGUUCUUCGAGGGCUUUGCAGAGUUGGAUCGUAGUCUGAACGUGGAAUAGGAAUUAUAAUGUACAGAUGUAUCGGAACUGUAUAGCAAAACCCCAAGGAAGAUGUACAAACGGAACGAAAGGGCGAGUCGCCCUAGGAAAGAAAUUGAGGCUGCAAGCCAGCUCGAGAAGCCUCUCACAACAGAAUCUGGUGCCCCCAAUAACGGAAGUUGACGGGUAGCAGGACCUACCGACGAGUUCGCUUCUUGGCUGAUUCUCCUGUAUCUUCCGAAUUCGAAGAUCGUGCGUUGGAAUCGGUGAGCAUGCUUCGCUUCUUUGCUGUUCUUGAAUAAUGCGAAAGAACCCAUUCACGUUCGGCCUCGGCUUGUUCAAUUGUUCCUUGUCGAAUCUCGUAGGCUAAGUGUGCCGUUAAUAAGUGUUUCAUGAUAACUGCAUUCCAGAAUUUACUUACGCUUCAUCUCGAACCGUGGUCCAACCUCAGCCAAUUGCACUUGUUUCGGACCUGUCUUGAUAAACACAUGAUGUCUGGUAGACAGCGGUCAGAUACAUUCGAUGAAAAACCAUAGAGUAGCUUACCGGAAUGAGAUGAAGUCGUCCUCAUUUGAGAACGUCAUGACUCUUUUGCUCUCCUCUUUUGGUACGGGGAAGAGAUAUUUUAAGAUAUCCUGUACUCGCCCACCCAGUUGUGAGCUAAAGUUUUC